UCCGUCCUUUAGCAAGAUGGCGUCGCUGCUGCAGGCGGAGCGCGUCCUGUACCUGGUCCCUGCGGAGAAGAAGGCCCGGGCCCCGCUGUCCCAGCUCUAUUUCUGCCGCUACUGCAGCGAGCUCCGCUCCUUGGAAUGCGUCUCCCACGAGGUGGAUUCCCAUUAUUGUCCCAGUUGCUUGGAGAAUAUGCCAUCAGCUGAAGCCAAACUGAAGAAGAACAGAUGUGCAAAUUGCUUUGACUGUCCUUGCUGCAUGCACACCCUCUCCACCCGGGCCACCAGUAUCCCCACGCAACUUCCAGACGACCCGGCCAAGACAACCUUGAAGAAAGCCUACUAUCUAGCCUGCGGGUUCUGUCGCUGGACGUCCCGCGACGUGGGCAUGGCGGACAAGUCUGUCGCCAGUGGAGGUUGGCAGGAGCCUGAAAAUCCCCACAACCAAAGGAUGAACAAACUGGUCGAGUAUUACCAGCAGUUGGCUCAGAAAGAGAAAAUUGAGCGAGACCGCAAGAAAUUGGCCCGGCGUCGAAACUACGUGCCACUGGCUUUUUCGCAACACACUAUUCAUGUAGUGGAUAAAUACGGACUCGGAACCAGACUUCAGCGGCCCCGGGCUGGAGCUCCUAUCAGUACACUUGCUGGACUUUCCCUCAAAGAAGGGGAGGACCAGAAGGAAAUCAAGAUUGAGCCGGCCCAGGCUGUGGAAGAAGUGGAACCUCUACCUGAGGACUAUUACACGAGACCAGUAAAUUUAACAGAGGUGACCACCCUGCGUCAGCGUCUCCUGCAGCCCGAUUUCCAGCCAGUCUGCGCUUCCCAGCUGUUUCCCCGCCACAAGCAUCUUCUGAUCAAACGAUCCCUGCGCUGUCGGAAAUGUGAGCAUAAUCUGAGUAAACCAGAGUUCAACCCAACAUCUAUCAAAUUCAAAAUACAGCUGGUCGCCGUCAAUUACAUCCCUGAAGUGAGAAUCAUGUCAAUUCCCAACCUACGUUACAUGAAGGAGAGCCAGGUUCUCUUGACUCUGACCAACCCCGUAGAGAACCUGACUCAUGUGACGCUGAUGGAGUGCGAGGAGGGAGAUCCUGAUGACAUUAACAGCACCGCUAAGGUGGUGGUUCCUCCCAAGGAGCUCGUCUUAGCUGGCAAGGAUGCAGCAGCAGAGUAUGACGAGUUAGCCGAGCCCCAGGAUUUUCAAGAUGAUCCUGACAUCAUCGCCUUCAGGAAGGCCAACAAGGUGGGCGUCUUCAUCAAGGUUACCCCGCAGCGGGAGGAGGGCGACGUGACCGUGAGCUUCAAGAUGAAGCACGAGUUCAAAAACCUGGCGGCCCCAGUCCGCCCCGUCGAAGAAGGCGACCAGGGCUCCGACGUCACCUGGCUCACUCAGCAUGUGGAGCUCAGCCUCGGCCCCCUGCUCCCCGAAAGGGUCUGACGGACCCCUCAGGAUGGCUUUGGGACCAAUUCUCACCGGAACAGAACCCGUUGAAACGCUAAAGCCACCGCUUCUUUACGCCCCGUUUCCGAUGUACCCACGCACUACUGAUUCCGAGGGGAAUGGGAGGGACGGGAAUAGGUCUGCCACACGAUUCCCCUCCCUUUUCCUAUCGCUCCUUUGCUAGAACACUCUCCGGGGAAAUCGGUGGCUUCUCCACAGCACCCUGGGCCCAUCUCAAAUGACAGCACAGAUCCCAAAGCAUGGAAAGAGGGUUCUGGCCGUUCCCGGCCCAGUGUCACCUGGAGUUUCCUUAGGUCUUUAACCCACGGGGGAAUUUUGGCCGUUCUGUCUAAUCUUCCGGAAAAAACCAAAUCCCCUCCCAGAGGCAGACCCGCAAUUUUCCAGUCCACAUCCCUAGAACCUGACCCCUCUGUUAUCUGCCAACCGCCAGAAAUUCCAGGAGUUCAAACAGAGCCCCGUCUUCCGUUCGGCCGCCCCGGUUUAUGAUGAUUUUCCUGGUCUGCGGGAAGAGUAAAUUCCCUUUGGCGGAGAGCGGAGGCUGUGGGGUGUAAGAAUAUGAGCAGGCAGCAAAGGUCAAGUCGCUGAAUCUCAGCUCUGAGGGUCACUGGAAGUAUUCAGACUGGGCUGCUAUUGAGGGAGGAAUGGGUUUUUUCUCUUCCCUCUCCAAUCCCGUCAAUUGUUUUCCGUAUUUGAGAACUGGCCAAGGACCACGGGAAACUGGAAUGGACAUCUUCAGUGUUUAGAAAAGUCCUUAAAGAUUCCAGGUGUCCGAUGCUUUCCAGUAACUUAAGGGAGAAGCGAUCCCCUGAGAUGGCUGACAUUCACGACAAAACAUUAGGAAAAAGGCCGCCGUCUUCCUUUCGGUAAUGAUCACGUAGCCUCCUUGGAGGCUCUUUUGAUGGCUGCUUUAAAGAAGUCACUCACGGAGCUAAAGUGGAAUACCUGCAUCUCUAAUUUAAGAUCCCAAACGUCCAUUUAUUAGUAGCGUUAUUUACCUCGGCGCCCAACUUUGAAAUUAAGGUCUGUAUACAAGAAGUCGCUCCUGGAUUGUUUAUAAAUUCUGGGUUGGAGUGCAGCUUUGUAACACCCGUUCUGUUCGAGUCAAGAAAGUGUCUUUAACAAAAGCCUCGUGUAAUCAUUGAAUGCAGAUAGGCAAAAUAACCCGUCUGCAACCCAGAGAAAAACCUAAAAAGUAGGGAUUCGUGGAGAUUAUGGUAAUCACUUGUUCCCCUUGUUAACAAAGAGCAAGUACUGUAGAUAGUGGAAUUUUCCCACUGCAAAAGAAAAUACACUGCAGAGGAAAGAAUAACGAUCCAAAUCCACGUCGUUGGAAAUACAAUAAUAAAUAAUAGUUUAGCACCUUGGGGUGUUGUUAACUCAUCCCCAUUACAGCAGAAGCACUUUUGGUCAUCAAAGGAGAGUUAUAUUGAUUGUAAUCCUGCUGACGGCCUGUAAGAAAGGCACUAUUUCUUAUUUGCUGGUGAGGAAAAUGGCUAACAAGAGAAUCGCUUCGUAUUGGCAUAUUUACACUUUCAUAGAUUACAGUUGUUCAGCAUGAAUUCCUGAGGUGUAGCUGGUAUUUAUUCUUAAAUGUAAUGUUAAAAUAAUGGUGUCUGCUCUUGUCAUCCCUUAUUACACAAUUCUUAGAGCCGUAGUCAUAAGUUUUAUUUUAUUCAGGAGCCAAAUAGGAAAACGGCAGAAGAAACCGACAUGUCCUUGAAAUAGUCUUCAGUGCAGACUGGUAACUUUUAAUGUGUUUGUGGAAGUGGCUUUUUCCCCGGAACUUAAGGAAUUUGAAGUUUUGUUGUUCUGUACUAGAUCACGUGAAAGAUUCUUUAGUCCUUAGACAACGUCUCCUAUUGCCGGAUGCCACUGGUGCCCUGAAUUACUCCUUUAGAAACUGCAGGCUGCGUUUAGUUUGUGGUUUAGUUGCCCUCCCCAAAUCAUCUCUUUCCUUUAAUGCUUGCAACUACAACGAAGUAUCACGCACACCUGCCCUGAAACAUCCCGUUUGUUCCCCAAGGGGAAUAACCAAGGCGCUCCGUCUUGAUCUUUGCCAAGGACAGGUUGCAGUGUUGCCUUAUUGCUUAACUCAGUGUAGUAAAAGAACCAAUAAAGCUGAUGAGAAACCCAUA